AUGAUUCGUACUUGUCUGUACACCGUACUCUCUGUGCUCUCUGUUUACGGUGUUGACUAUUAUUAUUACGAUCCAACAAUUUGUACUAAUAUACAGCCAGGAUUGUGGGUACGAGAUACAGUGGACUGUACAAUCGCCCAUCAGUGUGGCUUUGAUAUGGAAGUGAUACAAUCCAUCCAGUGCAACUCCAGCCAGGUCUGGUCCAAACUGGCCUCAGCUUGCGUGUGGGAGUGGGAUCCAGACAGAGACGACUGUAAUGGUCGUCCACUUACUGCUGUUCACAGUGAUCCCAGAUGUCUCAAGAAGACUGGCAACAGUCCCCACCCAGACGAUUGCUCCAAGUUCCUGUCGUGCUCAAACGGAACCAUGGUUGCCGAACAGCGGUGUUCAGACGGCACACUCUUCUGGCCAAAAAACGAAACAUGCGAGUUCGCCGAAGUAGUGGCUCAUGAUUGUGGUCAGCGAAAAAUUCCCAUGUCUAUACCAAUAUAUGAAUCGGAUCCUUUGUGCAAAAAUAAUGGCCAGGUACCGGACCCACAGAGCUGCCGACACUUUAUCCAGUGCCUCCAUGGAAAGAGAGUACAGAGAAUACAGUGUCCCCAUGGCACGGUUUUUGCAGAGAAAACAAAACAGUGUGAGUGGUAUGAGGAGGUGCACUGUGCUGGCAGACAUGUUUAG